AUGAUCUUAGGAGAGUAUUUCUCCAUAAACAUUUUUUUCAUUCUCUUUAGAGAAACUCUUGAAUGUGUAAUUAUUGUCUCAGUUCUUCUCGCGUUUCUUGAACAAAACGCUUCGAAGACCAAGAACAAUACAAGCUCAUCUCAAGACCCAUCAUCGUCCAAUGGUGAAUACGAAGAUGCUGACGCCUUGUCCCUUAAUGAAGCAAACAGUACUGCUGAGGCUGCCAUGCUUCGUAAGCUACGAUUGCAAGUUUGGCUUGGGGCGUUCAGCGGGGUGGUUGUCUGUCUUUUAAUUGGUGGUUUAUUCAUCCUAACGUUUUACGCUUUAAAAAUCGAUCUUUGGGCAAAAUCCGAACAUUAUUGGGAGGCGGUGUUCUCAAUUGCUGCCUCUAUCAUUAUUUCCAUCAUGGGAUUUGGAAUGCUUCAAUUGAACAAGCUUGAGCGGAAAUGGCACGCCAAAUUGGGCCACAUCUUGAGCGCGGUAUCCCAGAGUGACGAUAUGAUGGUCAGAGCUUCGCUGCGGUACUUGUACGCUGAUUCUGGAGCCUCAUUUAUCGAUAAAUUGAAGCACAGGGCUUGGAUGUGGAAUCGUGGUGCGAAGAGAUUUGCCUCCCGUAAUAUCUUGUUCAUUUUACCGUUCGUGACUACUUUACGAGAAUGUCUCGAAUCCAUCUUGUUUAUCGGGGGUAUUGGUGUCACCGAAGAAGCCCUGACUUAUUUGCUUUCCAUCAUUUUGGGAAUUGCCGUGGGCACUGCCAUUGGGUUGUUUGUGUAUCACAGCGGAACUUCUUCGGUGUCGUCUCAACGGUUCAUGGUGUAUUCCACUGCAUUGCUCUAUAUUCUCGCGGCAGGAUUAAUGGCCAAAGGGAUAUGGCAGCUUGAAUUGCAAAAAUUUAUUGAUAAAUGUGGGGGGCUCGACGUUUCAGAAGUCGGUUCAGGCCCUGGAUCGUACGAUAUCGACAACCUGGUAUGGCAUGUGAAUUGCUGUAAUGGUGAAGCUGAUGGUCCUUGGAUGAUUGCCACCGCGAUCUUUGGCUGGACUAAUAGCGCCACCUAUGGAAGUGUUACUGCUUACAUUGUUUACUGGUUGGUGGUCUCUGGAGUGUUCCAUUGCAUUAAAUACGAGAAUAAGCACGGGUAUUAUCCGAUUCUCCCAAUACGCUGGCAAUUGAAAAAAAUCAAGAAGAAUUUCGCGUUGGAGAAUAAUUUGAAAAAGGAUAAUGGAUUGACUGGUAUCAACAGUGGUGGAUCCAGACCUUCGGAAGACAGUACGAGCCGCUUAUUGUAA